AUGACCAUUUUAUGGCCUAGAGAUAUUAUGUACAACAACGUCUUACUAUUCUUAUCCGACACAGCUCCUUACAUGGUGAAGGCCGGUUCAGUUCUUAAAAAUUUAUACACCAAAAUGAUACACACCACCUGCAGUGCACACGUACUUCAUCGGAUAGCUGAAGAAAUUCGUGGACAAUUUAAUCUUGUUGACGAGCUUAUAUCAAAUAUGAAAAAAAAUUUUCGUAAAGCCUCAUACCGUAUUGCAUUGUUUAAAUCGAUAGCUCCAGAAAUUAGAUUACCGCCAGAACCUAUCUUAACGCGUUGGGAGACAUGGCUCGAAGCCGCAAUUUAUUACUGUGAAAAUUUCCAAAUAAUAUGUAGCGUAAUAAAUGCCCUAGACGAAAAUGAUGCAGAUUGUAUUAUAAAAGUUAAAUUAUGCAUACUGAAACCAGGAUUGGAAAACAACUUGACUUAUAUAAAAAGUAAUAUUCAAGUUAUUACAAUGGCCAUUGUGAAAUUACAAACGAAAAACCUUCCAUUGGCUGAUUCACUUUCUGUAAUUCAAGAAGUAAAAUCAAAAUUUCAAUCAUUAAAAGGAACUCAAGGAAAAGCAGUACUUUUAAAACUACAAAAAGUUUUUGAAAAGAAUAAAGGUCUUAAAAUUCUGGAAAAAAUAUCAAACAGUUUGGAAGAAGAAGAUGAAAUUUUGGAUAUGAGUCAAUUUCCGGAAGAUUAUUCAUGCAACGAAUUUGUGUUCUUUAAAUAUGCACCAACCACUUCAGUGGAUGUAGAGAGGUCAUUUUCAGCUUACAAAACUCUGUUAUCUGACAAUCGAAGAGCAUUUAUAUUUAAAAAUUGA